AUGCGUGUCAUGUGCCCGGAGGUUCAACAUAAUCACAGUCUGCCCCAGCAUCACCGGCCGCCGCCGGCGCAGUCAUCCAAUACAUUGACUCAUUGCAACUGCCUGUUGUCCAACAACGAUACAUAUAAGGUUCAAUUCAGCCGUCGGUGUAGUGUGACGCAACACGAUUUGUUUACGCCCAGUAAAGUGGCUACGUGCAUGCGAGGAGCGGCCGACAUACAACACGACGUUGCCAAGUCGUUCUUGAGCCAAAUUUGGUGUGGUGAUGGUUGA